UUUCACCUGGCAAGGCAAAAGGCUGAAACACCGUGUCGACACUCCGGUGCACGCAUCACUCGUUGCGGGUCAUAAACCCUUUUCACAGCAAAGCCACAAAGUACUGCUGUUCAACAGAGUUGGGGAAGCUAUAGAAGAAGAGAGUGAGCAGCGUCUCCGCGCCUAUGGCCAACAAUCCCUCGCAGCUUCUGCCAUCAGAGUUGAUUGAUCGGUGCAUCGGCUCCAAGAUAUGGGUCAUAAUGAAGGGAGACAAGGAGCUGGUUGGUACUCUGAGGGGUUUCGAUGUCUACGUCAACAUGGUCCUUGAAGACGUCACUGAAUAUGAAAUCACUUCCGAAGGGCGCCGAAUAACAAAGCUUGACCAGAUUCUGCUUAAUGGAAACAACAUUGCCAUUCUGGUCCCUGGUGGCUCCCCAGAUCCUGAGUGAGGAAGCUACUUUUGUGGCUCUCGCGAAAUUGUAGACUUUCCUGAGGGGCCACUUUUGUUGAUCUUAGGCCAUUGAUGUCUAAUUAAAAGUGGAUUCUGUAAAAUCUCAUAGGAGGAGCCCUCUGUUGUUUUACUGGUAUGGUAUAACAGUCUUUCAACUGUUUGGAGAAUUUAGUGGUUGGCUUGUGCUGUGGAUUAUUGCAAAUUUAGUGCAAGUAUUUAACGUUGGUUUGGGCGCUUAAACAAUGCAUACUGCAGUCUGCCGGUGAGAAACUAGUUUCAACAAUACUAGGAUGUUUCUUGAAUUUUGAUGA